AUGGUCCGUCCUACGGUCAAGCUUGCCACGUCUCAACUUUUCCAGCUGCGCUCGCAUACAGUGCCUCAGGAGAGACGAGUAUCAUUAGCAUAUGAACGAGCCAAAGCUAUAGCUCGACUAUAUGACUUUACAGCGGAAGACGUUUUGAAUUUAUCUCCCAAAUUUUGGCAGAUGCAUAUGGACCCUAUAUUAUGCGUGGAUACUGCUGCGACUACAUUGCUAAUUAUGCAAUAUAAUCUAUUCGCUGGCACAUUGGCUGUUUAUGCUGCCAAUAGACCUGACUUACAGCAAGUACUUAUUGAGGCUUUAUCUUAUCAAGUAUCCUGUCUGUUUUGCCUCACAGAAGUGGGCCAUGGAUUGGAUGCGAUUCACAUCGAGACCACGGCUACGCUACUGCCGGAUGGAGGGUUUGAGCUACACACCCCUAACGAGCAAGCUGCGAAACACAUGCCUCCUACAGCACCGGCAGGUCUACCAACUAUUGCCAUUAUUUUUGCCCGAACAAUUUUUGAUGCCGAAGAUAGGGGAAUCAAACCUUUCCUGGUCGCGAUAAACGAUGGUUAUGCUAUGAAUAGAGGUAUAUCUUGCAAAGUUAUCCCUUAUCGCGGUGGCUAUCAUCAUAUUAAUCAUGCGUUAACCUAUUUCGACCAUGUUUAUCUCCCGCAAAGUGCGUUGUUGGGCAGCGAUUCACUGCCUACCGAUCGUCGGAAUGCGUUUCUCGAAGGAAUAAACCGGGUUGCAAGUGGUGGUCUUGCCAUAGCUUGUAUCGCCAUUCCUUAUUUGCAGCUGUCGUCUUCUAUAGCUGCUCGAUACAGCCUGCGCCGUAAAAUCGUCGAUGCAGUAUCUGGAAAGCCCCAGCCCAUAAUAGCCUUGAGGACACAACAAAUCCCAGUCCUGACUGCUUUAGUCCAAUCGUUUGUGUUGCGAGCACUGCAAUCAGCAGUCAUUCGAGAGUUCGUAAAUCAUGAGCUGGACGUCAGGAUUCGUCAUGGUAUAGCCGCUAUUUCGAAGGUCGUCACCAUUCAACAAACACAAAGCAUGCAAUUAAUGUUGAGUGACCGCUGUGGUGCUCAAGGACUUUAUUGUCAUAAUCAAAUCAUCGAGUUGCAUACCUCCCUACGAGGUGCGGCAAUUGCUGAAGGAGAUGUACUGGUGCUCUCAAUUCGACUAGCCAGCGAAUUAUUGCUAGGAAGAUAUUCUAUGCCUCCUUCAACAGAACCCGACAGCCUUCUCGCCCGACACGAGGCAGGGCUAUUCAAAGAACUCGGACAGCUAUUAACAAACAUUACUCACCAUCGCAGCGAGAAAUUCAACAAUCUGAUUUUGCCACAAUGCAUGCCAUUGGUAGAAGCUAUUGGCCAUAGAAUGGCUUAUGAUGCUGCUGUAAAGGAAGGAGUUCCUUCUUACAUCAGUAAUCUCUAUAUCGCCAGUGUCGUCAAGCUCGACUCUUCUUGGUACGUUCAGCACGCUGGACUAACGCGACAGAUGCAAGUCGCGAUGGAAGAAGCCGCCGUCAGUGCUGCAUAUCCUUGUCUGCAGGGAAUGUUAGACCAAAUCGAUGUCGACCCAUACAUAACGGCUCCCAUUGUGUCGGAUAGGCAAUGGAGUGAAUUCGUAGACAGCUUGGACACUAUCGGAGGGGGAAAUGACUCCGGCAGGUCUUCUUUGUGUUCGACAUCGACAUCAUUAGACAAACAGAAUCUGGCACGCUUGUGA